ACGUUUUGCGAAACGCGUCGAUAAUGUGCAGCUGCUCGCUUGCUGCAAAUUACUUUCGCGCAAGCGGAGCGUUAGGAAGGUUGUUUUAUAAAUAUCAUAGUUUAUAGACGUACUUGCGCUGCUUGUAGGAGACUUGGCGACACACAGAAUGGGGGUCGAAAUUGAGACCAUCAAACCCGGAGACGGUAAAUCAUAUCCGAAGAAAGGCCAAAAAGUCAAUGUUCAUUACACAGGCACUUUCACAAAUGGACAAAAGUUCGAUUCAUCAAGAGAUCGAGGACAACCUUUAUCUUUCCGGAUUGGUCAUGGGGAAGUUAUCCAUGGAUGGGAAGAAGGAAUCUUAAAGAUGAGCAUUGGUCAAAGAGCAAAGCUGAUCUGUGGGUCUGACUCAGCAUAUGGUGAAUCAGGUUAUCCAGGGGUGAUUCCACCAAAUUGUACCCUGCUGUUCGAUUUGGAAUUAUUAAGCAUUGGUUAACUACUAUUAUUAAGCUAAAAAGAGACAUUGAUGCAUGCAAGUUGUAAUAUCUGUAUCUGAAGUGAUAGAUAUUCUAGAAUUCUCUUUUGCAACUACUCCUGGUUCCAAAUAGUCCACUUAUGCAGAUCAAAUUUGUCUGCAUGAGUACAAAAAUUCUCCAGAUCAGGUUAUCCAAGAUUUUGAAGUUACUUCCUUUGACAUCUUCAAACAGGGACUUCACCCAUUUUGUGUUUGAUUUUUUGUUCUAAGUGUUCUGUUGAUUUUUAUUACAAAUCAUCCAAGCCUACUUCGUAUACUAAUUAACUUCUCAAUAUACCUUGUGUUAUUAUAUA